CAGUCGGGUAGUUUUGACGUUUGCAAUACAAACAAAAGUGCUCUUGUCGGAAAAGUAGCUUUUUCUCUGAAACAUAUUGAGAAAAUUAUUAGAUAAGUUUCUCAAGUGGAUAAACUGUCUAUCAGCAAAGGAUGUCUAUAGAAAUUGAGUCGGCGGAUGUUAUUCGCCUCAUCCAGCAGUAUUUGAAGGAAUCCAACUUACUCAAGACUCUGCAGACACUCCAGGAGGAAACCGGCGUUUCCCUGAACACCGUUGACAGUGUUGAUGGGUUCGUUUCAGAUAUCCACAAUGGUCACUGGGACACCGUUCUCAAGGCCAUCCAGUCCCUCAAGCUGCCGGACAAGAAGCUCAUCAAUCUGUACGAGCAGAUCGUGCUGGAGCUGAUUGAGUUGCGAGAACUGGGAGCGGCUCGAUCGCUUCUGCGGCAGACGGAUCCCAUGAUAAUGCUGAAGCAACAGAAUCCCGAGCGGUAUAUGCAUCUGGAGAACAUGCUCCAGCGAGCGUACUUCGAUCCCAGGGAGGCGUACUUGGAGGGCAGCAGCAAGGAGAAGAGGAGAGCAGCGAUUGCCCAGGAGCUGAGCGGAGAAGUGUCCGUGGUGCCCUCGUCGCGUCUCUUGGCCCUCCUUGGGCAGGCGCUGAAGUGGCAGCAGCACCAGGGCUUGCUUCCGCCGGGCACCACGAUCGAUUUGUUCAGAGGCAAGGCCGCCAUUCGCGAUCAGGAAGAGGAAAUGUGUCCCACUCAGCUCGCCAGACAGAUCAAAUUCGGCUCCAAAUCGCACGUGGAGUGCGCUCAGUUCUCGCCGGAUGGACAGUUCUUGGUCACGGGCAGUGUGGAUGGCUUCAUUGAGGUGUGGAACUUCACCACGGGAAAGAUGAGGAAAGAUCUGAAGUAUCAGGCGCAAGAGCAGUUCAUGCUGAUGGAGCACGCCGUGCUGGCGAUGGCCUUCUCUCGGGACAGCGAAAUGCUGGCCACGGGCUCCCAAGACGGCAUGCUGAAGGUGUGGAAGAUCCAGACGGGUCAGUGCUUGCGGCGCUUCGAGAAGGCUCACUUCAAAGGCAUCACGUGCCUUCAGUUCUCGCGUGACAACAGCCAGAUCCUCUCGUCCUCCUUCGAUCACACAAUCCGCCUGCACGGCCUCAAAUCGGGCAAGAUGCUGAAGGAGUUCAAGGGCCACACGUCCUUCGUCAACGAGGCCGCCUUCACGGCUGACGGACACAAUCUCCUGAGCGCCUCCAGCGAUGGCACUGUGAAGGUGUGGAGCCUCAAGACGACCGAGUGCGUGUCGACAUUCAAGGCGCUGGGCAAUGAGUUGGCCGUGCACACGGUUCUGCUGCUACCCAAGAAUCCCGAACACUUCAUCGUCUGCAAUCGCAGCAACACCGUCGUGCUGAUGAACAUGCAGGGCCAGACCGUGCGCUCCUUCUCGUCCGGAAAGCGCGAAGGAGGCGCUUUCAUCUGCGCCACCAUUUCACCGAGAGGAGAAUACAUUUACUGCGCCGGCGAGGAUCUCGUUCUCUACUGCUUCUCCAUCACGUCCGGGAAGCUCGAGAGGACACUCAAUGUUCACGAGAAAGACAUCAUUGGACUGUCUCAUCAUCCUCACCAGAAUCUCUUGGCCAGCUAUGGCGAGGACGGUGUUCUGAAGCUCUGGAAGCCCUAAAUUAGAGACUUUUUCCGUGUGUUUCAAUUUUAA